CGGACAGCAAAUAAAGUGGUUUCAAAUAACCUGCGUUAUUGGAGGGAUUUAAACGGCUUUACCAUCUUACUUGAUCUGCUUUUAAAGUAUAUCAGUUAAACGGUUAACUUGCAUUUAAAGGGCAUUUUCUGACCUGGAGCCCAGAAGACGCUCCUUUAACAUGGCAUCAUCACAGAUACCAGCAGCCAAAAAAGAUGAGAAAGGAAGAAAUAUACAAGUGGUUGUACGAUGCAGGCCCUUCAACACAGUGGAGCGUAAAUCUGCCUCUCAUACCGUUGUUGAAUGUGACCAGAACAAAAAAGAGUUGACGGUCCGUACUGGAGGUGCCACGGACAAAGCCGCAAGAAAAACAUACACUUUUGACAUGGUUUUUGGUCCUUCUGCCAAACAAAUUGACGUUUAUAGAAGUGUGGUUUGCCCCAUAUUAGAUGAAGUUAUUAUGGGCUACAAUUGUACUAUAUUUGCAUAUGGACAAACUGGAACAGGGAAAACCUUCACAAUGGAGGGUGACAGAUCGCCCAAUGAGGAGUUUACUUGGGAAGAGGACCCUUUGGCUGGAAUUAUUCCCAGAACUCUUCAUCAGAUCUUUGAGAAACUGUCCAAUAACGGCACAGAAUUCUCAGUGAAGGUAUCUCUGCUGGAAAUCUAUAAUGAAGAACUGUUUGACCUGCUCAGUCCUGCUCCUGAUGUCACAGAGAGACUACAACUGUUUGAUGAUCCCAGAAAUAAAAGGGGUGUGACCAUUAAAGGUCUGGAGGAAAUCACUGUGCACAAUAAGAAUGAGGUGUAUCAGAUCCUGGAGAGAGGAGCAGCCAAGAGAAAGACGGCCUCCACCCUAAUGAAUGCUUACUCUAGUCGAUCCCACUCCGUGUUCUCUGUGACUAUUCACAUGAAAGAGAUCACACUGGAUGGAGAGGAGCUGGUUAAGAUCGGAAAACUGAACUUGGUGGAUCUUGCGGGCAGUGAGAACAUCGGGCGAUCUGGUGCUGUUGAUAAACGUGCGCGUGAAGCCGGCAACAUAAACCAGUCUCUGCUGACUCUGGGUCGUGUAAUCAAGGCUCUAGUGGAGAGAGGCCCUCAUGUGCCUUACAGGGAGUCAAAACUCACCCGCAUACUGCAGGACUCGCUGGGUGGACGGACCAAAACCUCCAUUAUCGCCACUGUCUCUCCUGCCUCCAUCAAUCUGGAGGAAACUCUGAGCACUCUGGAUUAUGCUAACAGGGCCAAGAGUAUCAUGAAUAAGCCAGAGGUCAACCAGAAACUCACCAAGAGAACUCUGAUAAAGGAAUACACCGAGGAGAUUGAGCGACUGAAAAGAGAUCUGGCUGCCACCCGUGACAAACAUGGAGUGUAUCUCUCUCUUGAUAACUAUGAGAAUAUAAACAGUAAACUGUUGUCUCAGGAAGAGCAGAUUACCGAGUACAACGAUCGGAUCGCUGCUAUGGAGGAGGAGCUCAAGAAGAUUAUAGACUUGUUCACAGACAGUAAGCAAAAACUGGACCAGUGCACUGAGGACCUGCAGGACAAGAGCCAGAAACUGGAGGAGGCUCACAAGGACCUAACGGAGACCAGGCACCGCCUCACUCAGGAGGAGUUCAUUGCUUUACAGCUCCAGAGUAAUGAGGGUCAACUAUACAGCACUGCUGACCAGCUGUUGAGCACUGCUAAGGCCAGCACGCAGGACGUUAGCGGUCUCCACGCUAAGCUGGAGAGGAAGAAGGAGGUGGAGCAUCAUAACGGGGAGGUCCAGGAGAGCUUCGCCCAACGCAUGGAGAACUGCUACAACAGCAUGCAGACCUCGCUGCAGGAGCAGAGCCACAAACAUGCUGUAAUGAUUGAUUAUUACCGCUCUUCUGUGGGUGAGCUGCUGAAUACAAACAGCAAAGUGUUUAAGGAGACAUUAGGUGCUGUCUGUGAGUCUUACAGCAGUAUUAAAGAAGCUGUUGGAGAAGGUGUAGAGCGGUGCAAGGAACGAGUGUUACAUCAGGAGAAACUCUCUCUGGAGGCUCAGAACAGCAUGCUGGAAAUACUGGAUGAACACAAACAGCAUCUAGAGGAGGUUCUGGUCGCCCAGGCGGUGCCAGGAAUCAGGUCUGUCAUGGCCACGAAUGACAGUCUGAAGCAAACCCUUCACAGAUACUACACUCUAAAUGAGCAGAUGCGGGGUCUGAAAGCAGAGAUGAUGUCAUUUUUUGACUCUUACACUGAAUCGUUGGCCAGUAUGCGAGAGUGCGCUGUGCAGGGCUUUAGCACUCUGCGUGCUGAACAUGACAAGCUCAAGCAACAGAUCAGCCAAGCUGGAAACAGCCAUCAGGCGCGUGUGGCCGAGCUGGUUCAGUGUUUGCAGAACCAAAUGAAUCUCUUGGUGGUGGACACUCAGACUGAUUUUGAGGGUCUUUCACAGGCAGCAUCUGCCCAGAUUGUUUCACUAGAAACACUAGAGAGCUCCAUACAGAGUAAAUGUACUGCAACUGAGGAGCACACUGUGUCUGCCCGUGCUCGACUGGGGUCUUCUGUGGACGGAGUGAUAACAGAGAUGAAUGGAGUGACGGAAGAGGGAGAGAGAGCGCUGGAGGAGUGUGCCGGAUACUGCAGACUGCUACAGACGUCGCUUGACUCGCUGGCUGAGUCAGGACUCGCGUGGUGUCACGAAGCCAGAAACGCAACCGAGAAUAAAGCCCAAGAACAGCUUACACUCAUCAGGGAGACAGACAUGGCUGUGCAAGACUUGCUAAAGUCUGUAGAGGAAAAGGGGAAGAAAGCUGUUCAGGACUGUGAAGCCCGUUUGACUCCCAUGCAGCAGGAAGUGGAAGGAAUUCUGGGUCGUGUGGAAUUGCAGACCGGUAAAGAUGAUGCUACCAUGCAGGAGCACAAAGAGACCCUCUCCUCCAUCAGCACUCUGGCUCUGGACACUGUACACAACUUCAUCAGCUCAGAGCUACGGCAAGAUUUACCAACAGGAACGACCCCUCAGCGUAGGGAAUACGCGUACCCACGUGUGCUGAACAAGCCGAGGAGUCGAGAGGAGCUGGCAGAGGAGUUCAGAGCUCAGCAGGAAGAGCUGAACCAGUGUGAAACUGUCAUAGAGGCAGAAGAGGAUAAACCUCUCGACCAGGAUUCUCUGGAGGAUGAAGUCAGUGUUUCUAGUGAUGGAAACAUCACUGAACAGUCGUGCUCUGAUGAGAACCUGACGUGUUUUGAGAACGGAAGGGUUCCCUUCUUCAAGAAGAAAAACAAGAAGGAAAACGGCAAUAAAUCCUUGAACCGUUCAAAGGUGGAGAAUGAGUGUAUGAUUACGCCGCCACGUUCUAAACUACCACUCAGGUGUCAGAAUUAAACUAAAUUGUUGCAGUUAUACUCUCUCCUUGGAUGUCUUAAAGUGCAUAAUUUUAAACUUCCGUGUACGUCUUUUUAAACAUGUUUUGUCUAUGUACUUGCUUUUUCAUGUCUGUUUCCUCAGUCACAGUUUAAUAUUAAAAGUUAUAACUUCUGGGUGAUUUCUUACUGUUAAUUUUUCCUGUUAGUUUCACUAGAGUUUAGAGCUUGCUUUUUUGUGGUUUGUUUUUGUUGAACAUUUGUAUGUUUAAUUAAAAGCUAAAAUAAAAAAAUGAUCACUCCAUAUUUGAACCAAUAAAACAUAUUUUAAAAUAUGGUUCUAUUUUGAAAUGUUUGUAUAAAGUUUAUUCUUUCUAUUAAAUUGUUUGUUGAAUGUAA